AGCGAGGUUUCGGGUGCCCGCGGAGCUGCCGGGGGGGGGAAAGGGAGGCCGGGCCGGGCCGGGGCUCCGGCUGCGGGCGCAGCCCCCGGGCUCCGGACCGAUGGGUCGGACGGGCGCCUGAGUGACCUGAGCUGGGCGGCGGGGUCGUUAAGUUCAUCUCCUCACUGGGACGGAGCGGCGGCGUCACCGCCUGCGGGGCCGGGGCCGUAUACACGUGUGUGUUUCUGCCCCCCACGCGUGUCCUUACCCACCUGCCCGGGCCGGGGCCGUGAUGGUUUCGGUCACGAAAGCAGCGGCCGGGGGUUUGUGCCUGGGCUUUUGUUGGGCUGCAGCAGUGCGCGGUGUACGCACAAACCCAGAAACCGCCAUAAUGCUCGAGGCAGGGCGUGCGGGCUGUGUGGUAAAAGGUCGUUAAUGUAGCUGGUAACUGGAAAGGCGCUGGACUCGGCAAACCUCCCGUUUUCCUCCUGUCUCGAGCGUUUUGUGGAGGGGGCGAUCGUCUUGUGAAGGUGCAGAGGCCUGUGCAUCUGCAAAAGUUGUAGUUAGUUCACAUUAUUUAAAAACAUUUUUAUUUUGCAUAAACUUCUGGAUAAAUAAAUACCAUGAAUAUCACCUAAAUAAUAUGUGUGGCAACAGCUACGUGCUCAAACAAACAUACAGAUUGGGAAGCAUGGCUGCUAAAAAAUUAAGAAGAGCAAGGUUGUCUCAGGAGCUGUGUGAAAGGCUGAGUCGUUAUCAGAUCACUACCUGUCAGGACUUUUUAUGUCUUUCCUUCUUGGAGCUAAUGAAGGUGACAGGACAGAGCUACUAUGAUGUGCAGAAGCUGCUUUGUAAAGUUAGCCAAGCUUGUGCUCCCAAAAUGCAGACAGCUUAUGAAAUGAAACUGAGGAAGUCUGUCAAUCCCUCUUCAGCCUUUUUAUCUACCACAUUGCAUAGUUUGGAUAAAGUCUUGCGUGGCGGAGUGCCCUGUGGAUCCCUCACAGAGAUAACUAGCCCACCAGGUUGUGGCAAAACUCAAUUUUGUAUUAUGGUGAGUGUUCUGGCUACACUGCCUGUAGGCAUGGGAGGACUAGAUGGGGCUGUUAUAUACAUUGACACAGAGUCUGCAUUCAGUGCUGAAAGGUUGAUUGAGAUAGCAGGAAGCAGAUUCCCAGAUUAUUUUGACUCAGAUGAAAAGCUGUUCUGCAUGACCCGUAGCAUUCACCUGUAUCGAGAGCUGACUUGUGGCAGUGUACUGAAGAGGAUUAUGUCUUUGGAAGAAGAAAUUAUUUCAAAGAAAGUUAAACUCAUAAUAAUGGAUUCUGUUGCUUCAGUUGUCAGAAAGGAGUUUGACACAAAGCUCCAAGGCAACCUGGCAGAGAGAAGUAACUUUUUGGCUAGAGGAGCAUCAGUGUUGAAGUAUCUGGCAGAGGAGUUCUCAAUACCAGUUAUCUUGACGAAUCAGAUUACCACAUCGUUGAGCAAUGGCCUUGCCAUCCAGGCAGACCUGGUGUCUCCAGCUGAUGAUUUGUCCCUGUCUGAAGAAGCUUCUGGAAGUGGGAAGAGGGAAUCUGCUUAUGUGACAGCAGCCCUUGGCAACACAUGGAGUCACAGCGUCAACACCAGGCUCAUACUACAAUAUCAUGACUUGCCAACAAGACAGCUCCUGGUGGCUAAAUCCCCUGUUGCUCCGUUCUCCUCUUUUUUCUACACCAUUGAGAAAUCAGGCUUGGUUCUUCAAGAUGAAAAGGAUCAAACAAAUUUAACCUGGGAAGGAACCAAUCCUGCCCUGCAGACCAUACGAGUGAGGAACACUGCCUUGAAAGAUACUUUACUCGAUGCUGCUUUACCCAGCACUACUGACCUGCAGACCGUGUACAGUUUGAAGGGCUGACUUCCUCCCUGUGGUGCAGUGCGUGCAAGCAAAACAAGGUGUUCCUGCUAUCUGAGAAAGCAUAAUCUCUGCAUCAGUAAGUCAUAAAAAAGGGGCACUUCCUAAGCCUGUGAGGGCUCCCCAUAUCGGCUUUCGGUUUGUUUGGGUUUUUUGAAUGUCCAGGCUGCCGUGCAAGUCCCCCUCUUUGUCAAGCGUUGCUUAAUACAACCUCCGACCAAACUUGCUGAGAACACCUCAGUCAGUGAGAUAACAAACCUGCAGACUGACUCGAACGGCAGAGUGAUCUGGAGAGAGUAAAGUACAGGCAGCUGUGGGCAACAGGAAAUCCAGCACUAAUAAAUAAAAUGUCUUAUAGCCAGAAAGGGGAAAUAAACAGCAGCAGCAUAAACUGAGAGGACAGAAGAGAGGAACACAGCAUAACGGUGGCACGGGAAUCGCUGCGUUACAGUGAGCUUAUUUUUACAGAAUGUUGUCCCGGUUUGUUAUGUGUUCAGACUGCAAAAAUAAAGUGGGGGAGUGGGACGACUGCUCAAAGAGAGGGUCUCUAUCAGAAGAAGUUGUCAACAACCACUGUAAUUAAGGAAGCAGCCAGAGCACACACAACCUGAACCGCCGCCAAAGUGAAAUGAAAGCGUUUUUUGUUUGCAGCCGUAGCCCUGAAGGAUAGUAAGAGAUGGUUCUACCAUGCCAAGUGAGGAGCUGCAGGGACACCAUUUCUAGAUGGCAAAUGCCCUGCUCCCAUCUUUCCAAAAUUACAUGCCAUGGGGAGGCAGCAAGCUACUCUCUUCCUACAUGCGCUUUCGAAGCACGUGCCCACACCCCCCGCCUGGCUGCAGCAGCCGCCUCGGGGGGCUGGCCAGCAGGCAGGUGAGCCCCCAACCACCACGGUAACGCUGGAGGGGGCACCGCCUGGGCUCUGCCCCCCAGCCUGGAGACUUGGUCCAGGCUGCCAAAUCAGCAGCCCUUCAUUUUCCCCCCUUGCACUCAGCCGUGGGUAGCGCCACGGCCCCACGGCGUUGCCGCCACCAGUGGGAGCUGCCGCAUUCAGAAGAGCUGCACCCCACUCUCCCCCCCCCCCCCCGAGGGUGGCUGCAUUUCGGAGGCUCGCCGGUGCCUCGGCGAGGAGGUUUGUGCACGGCGUGCCCAAACGGUGCCCUUCGUGCUCCUGGUAGCAUCCUUCACCUGGCGCAGCCGCAUGGCCUGCGCCCGUGCGGAGGCGGGCACUGGGGAGCGGCGGGCGGGCUGGCAGAGCCGAGGGGGUGGGCACGGACCUUCCCCGCCACGGGACAGCAUCAUGGGGCUUCCACCGGGGGCUGCCGAGACCUGUGUGCAGGUUCAAGCGAAGGGAAAGAAGUCAUUCACAAAUUGCAUGCAUAUUUCUGGAUUCAUUCACUGAGUGGCGUUUCCCUUUCAUCCUCCCCCCCGAGCCCUGUGCACAUUGCUGGCAUUCUCUCCCAAUCCCAUAUAAUAAUUCCCAGGUCUCCGCAAGCCGCUGCCUGCCAGUGGAGCCCACGGUCACUGGACCGCCAGCCCGGUCACAUGAAAAGUUACAUGCAAAGGUUUAACACUUUCUCCUGACCCCAGCCCCAUUCCCGUGAGUCCCCUGCAGUGUUUUCCUAAUCGGGUCCCAGGGAAGCUUUGCGCCGGGCAGGGUGCUAAGAAGGUGGCUAUUUAGCUGCAGCAUUUCCAGAGUCUUUGAGCUCUCUCUUAAGCUGUAAAUACAAGCAGUGGAGCCAGGUGAGUGUCUGACCAGGCUGCCAUUUAGACCUGAAGAAAAAAAAAAAAAGAACUGCUGCUUUCCAACCAAAUCCAUAUUGCUGUUACCCCACUUUCUCUAGCCCAACAGCUGUACUAAUGGUUAAUUGCUUCACCAGGGUAUGGAAAUCACUUCUUAAAGCCUGUAUACGGAGUACACAGUAACGACCCAGUAUAAUUUUAACCUUCACUGGACAUUGCCAGUAUGUAUUACUAGCAAAUCAAAAAGAAAGUACAGUCCUUUCCCUAAAGCCUUCCAUUACCAAAUUCUAGAUGAUAGCGCAGGUAUUUUAAUACAUCACACAACCUGUGAAAGUAACAAACUAUUUUAUUUUGCAUCCCUCCUACCUGUGAGACAUCAGAGAAAACACGUGCUUUGGAGAAUCUCAAAUGGAAGUGAUUUUUUAUCAAAUAUAGAUGAAAAGCAAAAAUGUUCAGAAGCUGUUUCUGAUAUAUAGGCAGUGACAGUCAUUUCCUUGCUAUUGCUCUAACAUGAGGGAGUGCAGGAAUCUCACACAGAAACAGUUCUUGUUCUCCACCUGAUGCUUCCAUGUAGGAUUUCACGCACGUGACAGAGUAUGAUUCAUGAAUUGCAGCUCGGCUUUGGGAAGCAUGGGAAUUGUGUCGGGCUCUCAGGGCCCACUGUUCACCUGCAUUUCCCGUGGCCCACAGAAAGACAUGCACUUCACCUUUGAGCCAAACAGUUGGAUAAUCAAACCGAGCAUUUAGAUUCAGUUUUGGUUCUUUUUUUUGGAGGGGAAGGGGCAGGCUGGUUAUGAACUCCAACCUACAUAUGCAUUUUUGUGGGUUUAAGUGGAAAGACCGUGGCAAAGUUUGCAGUUACAGUCUAUUGUUCUGUUUUAAGCUCCAUCACUACCAACAUAACUUUCAAAAACAACAACAAAUUACAGUAUUUUUCAAAUUCUCUGCUUUGCUCAUGAAUUCAAAAGUGUAAGCCUGUUCUGCUUGACUGUCUGGCUGUUUGAUUGUUGCUUUAUAUUUUGUUACACUGUUUAAUUCUUAAUCGUAAGCCUCCAAAAUCAUGAAAUCUGAGUUCUAGUCUCAGUUUCUACAUUCUAAGUACUGAAAAGUGGCUUGUCUAACUUCCUAGUAUAUAUGAUGAUUAACGUACUUUGCUUAAAUUGUGUAUUUCCGACUCAAUCCAAACAGGAGACUUGAGAAAUCCUGCUUCUCCCAGAUACCUGAGUAAUACAGGAAUGACUUUUCUCACUGAAAAGCAUUAACAAAAUACAUGCAUGAAUACUGGGGUUUAAUCAGCUGGUGCUGCCUGUUGAUUUAAAGGAAAAAUGUAUUUAUCCCAGCAGGAAGGAUUCAGACUACCAGUGAGAAUGGAGAUAGGUCUGAGCAGCCAGAUGGUAACAGGUAUGUAGAAGAAAAUACGAGUCAGUGAUGUCUGUGUUGGGAUCUGCUGACAUUGCCCACCCUGUUGCAUGAUGGCCAGGAGAUCAGCGAGGAGGAUUUUCCAUUUCUGGAAGGUGCAGUGAAACAGGGGAGCCCAGUGAUCACUGAAUUGUCUUUCUUCCUAAGAGGUAUCGUCUUCAGGAUACCGCUUGACAUUCAUUCAGUCAAAUAUUUUGACAGUUUGAACAAACAAGCAGAAAAUGGUUUUGAUGUUUGGCCCCGGUGGGCCAUCUGUGAAGAAUAAUAAGUAGCGCAACAUGUGCCAUGUCUCUUAAAUACCCUUCCUUGCCAGAAACAUAUGUAGCAUGUUUCCCAGGCUGUGGAAAGGGUUAUUGUUCCCAAUCCACCAAGUCACCUUUCUCCCUCCACACACCCCUCAGCAUCCCCAGCCCCGCAGUGGGCUGGGGUGAAAGGAAACUUCCCUCUGAAUUACUGUGUUGGUGCCUGUCCGGGGGGGCAGAGGGUGCCCGUGCACGCAGCACGUUAUGUUGUGCAUGUUUCUGAGAAGUAUUUGCAGUCACGGCAGUGGCACGGGAGAGGAGGAGCGAGCCGAGGCAGUGCGUACGCGGGCCCGGAGGAGUCCUUGCCUGCGGUUCCGCUGCGGGUUGGAGAAGGGCGAUGAGCAUUUGGGUCAGAGCCCGUGGGGCAGCCCCGGCUGGGGUGGGAGGAGUCACGCUGCAAGGCCACCAUGCUUGAACGUGGCCGCUUUUACAGUACCGCCCUGGGUACAAAGCCUACUUGUGUGGGGCACGUCCCGCCGUGCGUCACGCUUUGGUUGUCAGCGGCAGUCAUGGGUUCCUGGGGGGGUGACACAAUAACCCCUUUAUGCUUAAGAGAAUAGCGGGGGAAUUGCGGGAGGCCGUUGGAAGCGCAGCGGUGAAGAAGGGGUUUGGCUUUGGUCCGUCCCUGAAGGUGAGGUGCCCAGGCAGUCGCUGGGCUGCCCCGGCGUGCUCAGAGGAGCCCGCGCGUAAAGCAUCAGCGGAGGUGAAGGCGGGAUUUUGGGGUUCCAGAUGGGGGGAACACCCAAGGAAGAUCCUGUGUUACCUCUGGUAACAACGUGAUAAAACUGAUGAUUGAGGGUAGAGUUUUACAGCAGCUCACACUAAAGUCGGGGCUGCCACAGUCUCAUCACACCCCCACUGCCUUUAACACCAGUGCAGCCACGCGGGGAAUCGGCUCAAAGAGCUGAUCUGGCUGGAAAAUAAACUAGCUCUUUCUAUUAAAAAAAAAAAAAAAAGAAAAAAGAAAAAAAAAAAAAGUAUUUGUUUUACUAGAAUGUCUCAAAGUUUCAAUGAAAGAGAACUGGACAAAUAAAAAUACUAGGAAUUUAAAACAGCCAAAACAGAAAGAAAUUUAAAAAAAAAUACUAAUACGACAUUUUAAAAUAAAAGCUAGUUAAGUCUUUCUUACUGUAUCCAUCACUGUCUCCUUUGCCAGCCCCUCAGCCAUCCACUCCACAAAGCAGUAAGCAAUUCAGAUAUGCUAAGCAAAGCUGCUCUGAAUAUGGCUUUUAGCCUAAGAAGCCAAAGCCUUAUCCAGUUCCCAUGCUUUUGCAUCAGGAAAGUUUCCUCCAACACUAAUAGACAUAAGAUUGGAUUGCAGAACAACCACGUAACUUUUGACCAAAAAGUGAAGCUUUUCUAAAGCACUGAUAAAAGAUUCGUGCAGAAGAACAUGGAAACUGACUGGAGCAGUUGCAUUGCUAAAUACGUUUCAAGCAAACAUAAUUUUUGGACCCACACUCAUUCUCACUAGUGAUACGUGCUCUAAGGGGAAAAUACAAACUAAACAUUUUUUUUAAAGGAAAAAAGCAUUUAUAAUUUCUUUGUUAUGGAUGUACAAAAAGACUCCCCCUCUGCUGCUGGGAAAACCAGUUCCUGCUCCAUAAGCAUUGAAGCAUAUCCUAAUUUUUAGAAAGCAUUUGUUAGGCAAAACAGGUUAUUUUUUACGAUGCUUUCUUUUUUUGCAAUUGGAGUCUUUCUCUUGAUGCCAGCUGCUUUAGUUGUAGGUAUCUUCUGGGAGGUGGUGUCUGUCAGUAGGUCCCACGUGGGUGUCCCCUUGGCUAUCUCUCAUAGCCGCCCUUCUAUAAAUCACAGCAUAUUAAAAAAAAAGGGGAUAACACUGACAUGUGAACUAAUCCCCACAUCAAAGAGAGCAACUCUCCCUCCUCUAAACACCCGCCCCCCUCUUCUGCUGGGAAAAGUCUAAUGCCUAGAAGGUGAUUUACACAAAACUUCAUCCCAGUUGUUAGGAAACUUGCAGUGCUGCUUACUUGCCAACUGCAGAAGAAACCUGGGAAUCAGGGUAACCACAAUAGCUAGCCUGCAGCUUCCAGCAUUUGGCAAUUCAGGAGAGAAAAAAAAAACAAUUGGCUUGUUGCAGCAAACUUGUGUAUAUGUUGAUUGCAUGGCAGGAUAGGCAUGUAUAUAGACAGAUGUAAACGUGACUGGUAAUGUGGGUCUGUAUGGGCACAUAUAUAUCUGCAUGUGACUACAAGUACUUGUAUAGGCACAGGAGUACCUGUCGUAACACAUACACGAGCACACACAGAUGCCUGCACAAGUAUGUCUCUAUCUCCUGGGAGCAAAAAGAGCCAACAGGAAAUAUAUGUGAAAAACAUAAGCCCAUGUGGGCAUACAACUGUGCAUGAGGUGUCCUAGGCAUAGAGAGGGCUAGCUAUCUGUAGCAUAUGCUCUCUUAAAGUAUUCAGUCCUGCUGUAGGCCUCUUUUUGAGCUAAUGAUUCAAAUGCUAGGAAUAUAUGAAUAAGGGGAAUACUUCUAUUAUAAGACAGGUGCAAAUGCUCCCUGUGCACUGACUAAGCACACAAGAUACUUCCAAAUAAUUGACUAUCUCUGGAAUGCAACUGAAGGGAGGAAAAAAUACCUCUGUCUGGCUAAGUAACUCUUUUUCCAAAUCAGCACUGUCUGUGCCUGUGCCAGGCACACUCCUUCAGAGGUACCAACAAAGCGUACAUAGCAUGGACAAAAAUUAUACUGGCAGUUCUGUGUUUGUAAUUAAGAAGCAAAAAUACUGACCCUAUGUGAAAUUAGUUGUAUU